CCUGGAAACUGGGGAUACAAAUGAUCUGGAUCAGCUAAAAAGUUUUGAGGCUAAGACCCUGCUGAAAAACAUCCCAGUCCUCAGUAUUUUUCUCUUCCUCUGAUUUUGCAUCAUCCUUUUCCUUCCCACAGAGAUUCCUCCUGUUGCUUCUUGCCUUAUCCAUAUUGCUGCACGCUCCCCUUCACCCAAUCCCUUCCCAGCACACCAACACCAUCCAUCCCCUGUUGUUCAAUCCCUUCUCCACUUCCCUUAUUGCCCCCCUGGGUAUCCAUGUCCUUAAUUACCUCUGGGGGAAUGUGCAAACUGCCUCAACAUUCUCCCAAGGCACCCUUCAGAGAUAUUUUGGGAUCAUCAUCCCCUUGGCCAGGACCCCUUCCAGGCUUUCCCUUUUCUACCCUCCAUGGAUGCCCUGCCAUGUUCACUCCCCGAAGAUCCCACUGCACUCACUGAUGAGAUUUUCAGAGCUCUCUCUCUCCUGACUCUUCAGAGCCCCCCUGAUGUGUCACUCAUCUGUCUCCUGGUCACUCUCGGGUACCCAAUCAAUCCCCGGUGCCACCGCCACCCAAGGGAGCCGAUCCCCCAAACUGGGUGAGGCACCUUCAGCUGCACUCACUGCCGGCUGCUUGGGAUGGUGGAAGGAAUUCUGGACGAGCUCCAAGGUGUGUGAAAAAAUUGACAUCACCAAAGGUUUCUGUCCACAAAGCAGCCAGAGGAGUCCUGUAAAAGUAAUUACAUUCCUAAAAAAAGGGAGAUGCCAUGAAACAUUUUCCAUGUAGUCUCUCCUAUUGUUGAAGGACACAGCCUCCUUUUCAUCCUAAUUUUCCCAGCUACAUCUCCCUCUCCCCAUUGGGUGGAGUACUUGAGAGUUACAAACAUCCCAAUCCAACUACUGCAUACCCCCUUGAUAGGGUUCCCACUUUUGUAUAGCAAACGAUAUUCAUGGCUCAUUGUUGUUCUUCUCGAAGUUCAUGAAUUUGGCAUGACCUUGGCUCAGCAGCAGUCAGUGUCAUCAGUUAAUAACAUUUUCUGAAACUGAUGGCUUCUCCUGUCAUUUCCUUUUGUACCUGGCCCUAUCUUUAAUCAGAUUCACAGCAUCUGUUUGUAAAGACACUUUCCUCUUGUUCCUUUCAUGGGGGUCCCUCGUUUGCGGGACAUCCCCCCUGGAGCGGGGUGUCCCCCUUGCUGCAGCCCCAGCCCUCAGGCAGUGCUCACACAAUCAGAGUGUGUGGCACUCAUGACCCAGCAGUGUCCAGGCAGACCCGCAGCUCCCAGCGUUCCCCACCUGCAGCGUCAUCGCCCCAGCGCCCCCCACGAGGGGAAUUUGGGGAGGUGGGAGUGGGGCAGUGCCAAGGCCGGGCCCCCCCGCGCUGUCCUGGCGGGAGCGGCUGCAGUGGGGACCGAGUGCGGGCGGAAGCGGCCGAGAGCCCAGCGCUGCCCCAGCCCGACCUGCCCCAGCUCCAUCCCUGCCCCUGCGGUGGGAUGCUGUGGGUCUGGGGGGAACGGGGAGCCAGCAGUGGGUGCUGGGCCUGGGGCAGGAGGAGAAGGGAAGGAGAAGCAGGGUUGAGGAAGAAAAUGGUCAAACGCUGCACGUGGGAGGAAAAGGUGGGAUUGUGCUGGAGAAGGAGGAAUAGCAGGAGGAAGAGGAGUGUGAGCAAGAGCAGAGACACAGGAGGAGGAGGAGCAGAAACAGGAGGUUUCACCCCUCCCUGUGUCUGCAACCUCCCUCCUGCCCCAGGCGUGUUUCUCCCCCCAACAUGCAGCAGGUGAGCAGGGAGGGGGAUCCAUGAUUUUCACAGGGGUGAAUCUUGAUGUUUCUGAGCUUUUGUGGGUUAAAUGUUGGUGCUUUGGUUUUUUGUUGGGGCUGAAUCUUUAUAUUUUGGAAGGGGUUUUUGCUGAAUCUUGAUGUUUGGAGAGUUUUUGAUCUGUGUCUUUAUGUUUGGAGAAUUUUUGUACUCAAUCUUAGUAUUUUGCUGGUUCUUACAAACACAAGAUUCUCAAUGACUUCAUGAGAUAAAGGGGAGAAGGAGUCCAAGGCAUUCUCCUCUUGUUUUUUCCCCAAACCAGGAUUUUUCAUUCCUAGGGAAUGUCUGGGUGGAGGAGGAGGAAAAGCCCUGGAGAUCUCGCACGAGGAGGGGCUGCAAACUCAGCCCAGGGAGCUGCGGGGAGGAAAGAGCCCCCCUGAGCCAGGAAGGUGUCCGGAGAUCCAGCCGGAGCUCAGAGCUGGUGGAGAAGCCUCAUGGCAGGGAGAAGCCACACAAGUGCUUGGAAUGUGGGAAGGGUUUCAGCCGGAGCUUGCACCUGAUCCAGCACCAGGUGAUCCACACUGGGGAACGGCCCUAUGAGUGUGAGGAGUGUGGGAAAUGUUUCAGCUGGAGCUCCAGCCUGAUCCAGCACCAGGUGAUCCACUCUGGGGAAUGACCUUUUAAAUGUGGAGAGUGUGGGAAGAGUUUCAGCCAGAGCUCUGUCCUGAUCCAACACCAGAGGAUCCACACUGGGGAAAAGCCCUUUGAGUGUGGGGAAUGUGGGAAGAGCUUCAGCCAGAGGGGCUGCCUGAUGCAGCACCAGGUAAUCCACACUGGGGAACGGCCCUACAAGUGUGGGGAAUGUGGGAUGGGCUUCAACCAGAAGGGGAGCCUGAUGCAACACCAGAGAAUCCAUACUGGGGAAAAGCCCUAUGAGUGUGGGGAAUGUGGGAAGAGCUUUAGAUACAACUCUGGCCUGAGGAAACAUGAGAGGAUCCACACUGGGGAAAAGCCCUACGAGUGUGGGCAAUGUGGGAUGAGCUUCAGCAUCAAGUGCCAGCUGAUGGAGCACCAGAAGAUCCACACUGGGGAAAAGCCCUACAAGUGUGGGGAAUGUGGGAAGAGCUUCAGAGGAAGCUCAGCCCUGAUUCGGCACCAGGUGAUCCACACGGGGGAAUGGCCCUACACCUGCUUGGAAUGUGGGAAGAGCUACGGGUGGCACUCUGACCUGAGGAAACACCAGCGCACCCACACCGGGGAGAAGCCCUACGAGUGUCCUGAGUGUGGGAAGAGGUUUCCAAGGAGCUCCAAUCUCUGCAAACACGAGCGGAUUCACACAGAGGAGAGGCCCUUCCGCUGCUCCGACUGCGGGAAGGGCUUCAAGCUAAACUCCCAGCUCACCAUGCACCGGCGCAUCCACACUGGGGAGAGGCCCUACAAAUGUCCUGAGUGUGGGAUGAGAUUCUCCACAAGCUCAACCUUGACCCGACACCAACGGAGGCGCCACUAAGGGAAGCCCUGUGAGUGCCCCGAGUGCGGGAAGAGCUUCGUGCGCUGCUCCAGCUCCAUCCCCCAUGCGAGGAUCCGCGUUGGAUGAUCCGCAGUGACCCCCGUUGGGCAGAGCCCUCAUGAUCCGUGGUCCUGGUGAUUCAAGUUGGAAGGCAUCUGGCUGGGGUCUCCACAUCUUCCUGGUUCCCUGAGGGCACCUAGAUAAACCCAGUGGCAGGAACAUCCAUCAGGAGGCAGGCCAACAAUGGGAUUUCUUUGGGGAGAGCAGAUUUGUCGACUUUCAACCCCAUAAAAUCUUUAGCAUUCAAUCCUAUCUUCUGGUGACAUCCAGGAGUACUGAAUGGUCUUGGAGGUACAUUCUGGGUUGACUAUAUGAUGCUUGUAUCCCCAAUUGUCUUGUUGUUUUUAUGCUGAAUAAUAAGUUUUGCACCUUUAAGACUUGUCCUGAGAGUGAAGGGGGAGAGAAGCAGUGCACAGUUUGUUUUCAGACACUGCACUCACUCCUCCACAUUCCUGCUCCUGCAGUGUGUUGCCUGCGGAUGGACAGACAGCAGGACAGAGCUCUCCUUUGCUUUUAGUUAGUUUUAGCUAGCUGAGGCAAACAAGUUCCCUGGACUGUGGGGUUUUUUCCACUUUUCUUUGGACCUGUUUAAACCUGCUCUGGCCUGAACACCAGCAGAGCACCGGCAGCUCUCACCUGUGGCCCACCGGGCCGGGCCUGGGCUGCGGCAUUUCCAGCACCGGAGGGACUGAUAAGAGGCUGAGUGAGCUGAGCUACAGCCCACAGAGGCACUUUGUGAGUUUGUCUCUCUUUUAGAGCGGCAAGAGGAUUUAUUGUUUAAUAUUGUUUAGGUUUUAUUGUUUAAUAAAUAGUUUUCUCCACCUUUCUCCAA